CAGAAGCUGCAGCAACCUCUGCUGCUCCCAAACUGUGACCUUCAUUACAGCAGGUAAGGACCACGUCGCGAUGUCGAGGGAGGCCAGACCCAACAGAUCUGACAUCCGAUCCUCGCGGCUAACGUACACGGGCUUCAACACGGCUUUCUUCAGCCAAGUGGGCAGAAUGCCGGGACAUCUCGCUGCCAGGCAGAUGCCAACAUCGCUGCACUGCCCGCAUACAAGAGGGUGCAGCCACGUCGCUGGGGAGCGGGCUGCCACCAUGAACAAGCUGAGACAGAGUCUUCGAAGGAAGAAGCAGCCUUACGUCCCAGAGGCUAGCCGCCCGCAUCAGUGGCAGAGUGACGAGGAGACUGUCCGUAAGGGCAAGUGCAGCUUCCCUGUUCGGGUGAGUUCCGCGGGAAAGAAGACGGUGAAGGCCAUUCUGUGGGUGUCUGCUGAUGGCUUGCGUGUUGUGGACGACAAAACAAAGGACCUGAUUGUGGAUCAGACCAUCGAGAAAGUUUCCUUCUGUGCCCCGGACCGCAACUACGACAAGGCUUUCUCCUACAUCUGCCGGGACGGAACUACACGCCGCUGGAUUUGUCACUGCUUCAUGGCUCUCAAAGAUUCGGGCGAGCGACUGAGCCACGCGGUGGGCUGUGCGUUUGCCGCGUGCCUGGAACGUAAGCAACGGAGGGAGAAGGAGUGCGGGGUGACUGCAUCCUUCGAUGCCAGCAGGACCAGCUUCACGCGGGAGGGCUCGUUCAGGCUGACCGCCUCGCAGCCGGUGGACAGGGAGGAGAGCGGCAAGCACGCACAUGACAAGAAGAAAGGUAAACGUCCCAACGUAGCCCGGACUCCAGCGGUCCCCGAGUCACAGACUCACCCAGACAAUGCCUCACACUGUCCUCAUCCCCGCCUGCCCAACAAAACACACUGAAUUAUACUUAGCAUUGAAACAGGCCCUUCAGCCCAACUUGCCCACACCGGCCAACAUGUCCCAGCUACACUAGUCUGCAUUUGGUCCAUAUCCCUCCAAACCUGUCCUAUCCAUGCACCUGUCUAACUGU